AUGUCCCAAACCAGUAAUACCCCUGACGGCACAGCCUUCUCCGCCCCACCGCCCGUACUACCUACCUCUUAUGACCCCAGUCGUCCCAAGGUUCGGCUUCCGAAAUGGAACGGAAAUCUCGCCGAAUUCGACAUCUAUUCCCUCGGCUUGAUGAACAUCCGCCAACCCUCCACAAAGAAUCAGCUCGGAGAUGAGCGUACCAUCUGCAUCACUAUCUUCACCGAGUUACCCCCGAAUGGCGCCAACCGGACCAAGGCUUGGAUGAAAUUGCGCCACACGGACGGCGCCUGGGAUUCUGACAACCUCCUCAAGCACCUUAACGAGUCGUUCGAAGACAAAGACUCCACCCAACGCGCAGCCCGACGUCUGUAUGCGGUCCGCCAAGGAGUGGCCCAGCCGUUUGCCCAGUAUCGCCAUGUCUUCGAGACAUACUGCGCCGACGCCGACAUCCUUGCCCCUACCGGCGCCGCCAAAGUCAACACUCUGCUCCGCGGACUUUCUUCGUACCUCCGGGAUGCCCUCGCCCUCCAGUUGGGCGUGUCAUCUACCGAUUACAACAGCUUUGUCACCAUUGCCCAGGCUCUCGCCACCCAGUUAGAAGCACUGCCCCGAUUUCAAGCCAACGCCAACGUUCAGAACCAGGUCGAAUGGUAUGACUCUUCCAUCACCGUGGAUCUCCCUGCCAACCGCACCAACGGCCCCACGUCCCAAGCACCUAUCCGCACCCCGGCCACCCAGACCCAAGUUGACCAAGACGGUGACACCAUGAUGAGCGAGGUCAACCAAAUCAAGACCAACUCCUCCGCCGACCUUGUCUCUAUUGUUCAAACUAUAGUGGCCGCACUGGCUGGACAACAACAAAAUGGGUCUAACAGGUCCUCGUCCAACAACAACGGUUCGGGCCGCAGCAAGUAUACCGAGGACUCGCCCUCGGGCUCCGUGGGUCGACCAAACCACGCGUGA